UCCCCAGUGAAAUCUCAUCCAGAUCAUUUCCCCCCAAAGGAACAAAUCCAGAUGCAAUUGCAGACUCUGAAAGAAGAGAGAAGAAAGCUCCUGGGGUUUAAAGUGACUGGAGAGAGGAGAAGCCAGGAAUAUCUGGAACAGACGAAAAUCGAGAGGUGCAAGGUCGUGUCUGAAUUUGAGCAGCUGCGCCAUCUACUGGAGGAACAAGAGCGGCUCCUGCUGACCCGGCUGGGAGAGGUGGAAAAGGAGAUUGUGAACUGGCAGAAUGGGAGCGUCGCUAAACUCUCGGAGGAGAUUUCCCAUCUCAGCGAGCUGAUCAGUGAGUUAGAGAAGAAGUAUCAGCAGCCAGUGAGUGAAUUCCUGCAGGACAUCAGAAGCACCCUGAACAGGUGCAAGGUGGGAGACUUCCAGCAGCCACUGGAGAUUUUUCCAGACGUGGAAAAGAAACUCAGCAAUUUCUCUCAAAAAAAUAUUGUUCUGAAGGAGACACUGAGGAAAUUCAAAGAUUCUCUGCCAUCUGAAUUGGAGGUGGAAUGGGCGAAUGUGACUCUGGAUCCGGACACGGCGAAUCCUCACCUCGUUCUGACCGAGGAUCGGAAAAGCGUGUGGUGGGAGGACACACCUCAGGAUCUGCCCGACAAUCCUGAGAGAUUUGAUACGUACUGCUGCGUGCUGGGCCGGGAGGGAUUUACCUCGGGGAGGAAUGACUGGGAAGUGCACCUGGGGCAGCAGGGAUUCUGGAGUGUCAGGAUCGCCCGAGAAUCUGUGUGGAGAAAGGGAUGGAUCAGUCUGGACCAUGCCGAGGGGAUCUGGGCUGUGGGGCUCUGUGGGGGACAGUACUGCGCUUACCCUGACACCCUGCUUCCUCUGAGUAGAAGGCCUGGGAGGAUCCGAGUUUCUCUGGACUACGAAAGGGGGCAGGUGGCUUUUUUUGAUGUUGAUAACAAGGCCCCGAUCUUCACUUUCCAUCCUGCCUCUUUCAAUGGGGAGCGAAUCCUCCCUUUCUUCUGGGUCUGGGAAUCACAGCUCACGCUGUGUCCCUAAGCUAUGGGCUAGUCUAUCCCAGUGUGGACCACGAACCGGGCUCCUCUGGCCUCUGACAAGCCCAUCUCUAUGAUCCUGGAAACUGAAGUGUAUUUCUGAGGUGUCAAAAAUGAGGAAGAGAGUGAAGAGGUCGAGCUAGAGAAGCAAACCGCAUGGCUCAGCCUGUGUGUCUUCAUCCUCCGUUCUUGGGGAGGAUUGUAGAUGUCGGAAGGAUGAGUAAAUUAGAAAUUCUAUAGCAAGUUCUCUGGAUUCUGUAGCCCCUGGGCAAAAUUCCAUGGGAGCUCCAGCUAAUUGUUUCCUAUGGAGUAUUUGACUUGAAGUGAAAUGGGGUAUUUAUUUUGGCACGGAAUUGGGUUUAUUUUACUCUGUUCCCACACGGUCAGUUUCCGGGUUCCCAUUCAUGUGUUUAUUGACAUUGUUGGGAGAAGGAGAAUCUGAAGGCUUUGGCUGCUGGUUAGUACUAAUAGGGCCUUUAAGGAUGUUUGGGACUGUGGAUGUUUCUGCUUAAAGCGAUUGGCAAUCAAAGGGUUAACAAUGUUGACGAAUGAAAUCACCCUCUUUAGGUUUCAGAGUUAAAGCCCAUUGAUUUCAAUGAUGUACUCCACAUUUCUCAAGGCUGCAUGGUAAGGAUGGGUGAGGGACAACAAGAUGGGUCCUGAAGGAUGGACCUGGAAAGAGAUGGAGAAAAUUUUAUGGACUUUUAUAGUGUUAGUGUUUUAGCAAGUGGAUUCUAUGUCUUUAUGAUCCACCAGAUGAUUGUAUUAAAGUGUCUUGAUCGC